UCACCCUCUCCAUCGCUCUUUCCAUCGUCCAUCACUUUUCUUCCUUAUAAUUGCCUUCAAAGCCCCUUCCUGAUCUAAAUACUACCUUGGUUCACUACUUCGAGUAACCAUGGCUCCCCACAUCAACCUCUUGGUCGCCAUGCUUGUGUCGUUCCUGACCGUCUCUGGAUUGGCUCGUGGAACCGUGGGAAGCAUGUACAAUGCGGAAGAUGAACGCUCUCUGUUGAAGCUUCUCGCUGAGCACGAACCUCCCACCUUGGCCAGAUACCAGCUUUUUCCUCGUGAUGACUCGAAUGUUGUGACUGUUACUGAGACUGUUUGCGGACGUGAGCCUGGAGCGUCACAGACCUCCAGUGCUUUUGAUAGCGUGCCUGGCGUUUCCACUUCGUCUAGUGCCAUUGUCUCGUCUGACACUGCUAUCCCGUCUGGCACCUCUGUCUCGUUCAGCACCUCUGUGCCGGCUAGUGACGUCGUCCCGUCUAGCACGGCUACCUCGUCCACUAUCAUUGCCCCGUCCAGCACCACUCUCUGGACCAGCACCCUGGCUUCCAGUUUGACAAGCACCAUUCCAGUGGCUCCGAUUACGUCCAGCAGUGCGGUGACUUCGUCAUCUGGCUUUUCUUCUAUCUCGUCGUCAGCUUCAUCUGGUUUUUCUACUUCUAUCUCUUCGCCAGCUACUCAUUCCGCUUCUGGAUCCACCAGCUCGAAGACGACUGGAGACGCUGCGACGGCGACCGCCCCCGACUCGACUUCAACUACUGAACCUUCCAAGUCGGAUGCUGCUUUCCAUCCUACGGGAGCACGCACUGCUAUGGUGGUGUUGCUGACGCUCUUGAGCAUUCUGUUUGUCUAGAACACCGGGGCCUUGCUUGUGUUACGGAGCAUCGGGGACUUAUGAGGUUUCAUUAGGAGUUAACGGGUACUUUUCAGCAUGUGUAAUAACUAAUAAUGUGGUGUGAUUUCGAUGGGAAGGCUUUUUUAUGUGUUCUACGAUUUGCAGCAGUUAGACCAGACACAUUACGUGCAAUAAUACAGUUGUUUCUUCAUGUUC